GGGAGAACAAGGAACACAACAAAUAAGCGGCGUUUGGUAAUUUUAACGUGAAAUAAACUGUAUCGAUAUUAAGGUAUUUUCUUAAUUCAUAUCUUGUUUAAAAAUAUAUUGAUAUAUCUUACAAACUCGAUAUCUCGCCCAGCCCUAAUUAGAAGUAUAAAACUAUGAAAGACAGCCCUUAGAUUCGAGUAGUGUUCAAGUGACUGACACCUUGUUUAGCUAAUAGAAUCAAUGUUUAUGGGCGGGGAUAUUUGUGGUCGGACCAAUCAAAACGCAGCACUUCACAUAAUGAGGAAGCAAUUUAACAACAACAGCAGCAAUGUUUAAUUGUUGUGAUAAAGUUUGGAGUUGGCGUGUGAGGAAUGUUUUAUGUUGAUUUUAUUUACAUGCCGCCUUAAACACAAUAUUUUGACGUCCUUCAACAUGUGCAUUACUCUUCAUACAUGUCUUCUCGUCGUCGUUUACGCGCUUGCUGUCAUCGCCAGAAAAAAAGAGAGGCAAAAUGUCCUUUUUAUAAUUGCUGACGAUCUGAGACCAUCCAUGGGUUGCUAUGGAGACACAACAGUAAAGUCACCAAACAUUGACCAGCUGGCGUCCAAAAGCCAUGUUUUUCUUAAUGCAUAUGCACAGCAGGCUGUAUGUGCUCCUAGUCGCACCUCCAUGUUAACAAGCCGCAGACCAGACACGACCAGGCUGUAUGAUUUCAAAUCAUAUUGGAGAGUUCAUUCUGGAAACUACACAACACUUCCACAGUACUUUAAAUCGAAUGGUUAUGACACCAUGUCUGUGGGUAAAGUCUUUCACCCUGGCAUUGCCUCGAACCACACGGAUGACUACCCUUACAGCUGGUCCAUUCCUGCAUACCACCCUGCUUCAUUCAGAUUUGAAAAACAAAAGAUGUGUAAAGGAGAGGAUGGUCACCUCCAUGCCAACCUGCUGUGUGCAGUGAAUGUGACAGAGCAGCCUGGAGGAACACUCCCUGACAUGGAGAGUGCUGAUGAGGCGGUGCGGCUACUAAACACUCGGGUUGAUGGCGUCCCUUUCUUCCUGGCUGUGGGCUUUCACAAACCUCACAUUCCUUUCAGGAUACCAGAGGAGUACCUGCGUCUCUAUCCUAUUGAAAACAUGACGCUGGCUCCUGACCCGGAUGUCCCCAAGCACCUUCCACCUGUGGCCUACAACCCCUGGACAGACAUUAGAAAGCGAGAUGAUGUCCAAAAGCUCAACAUUAGCUUCCCCUAUGGACCAAUUCCUAAAGACUUUCAACUGCGUAUCCGCCAGCACUACUACGCUGCUGUGUCCUACAUGGACUCCCAAGUUGGACGUCUGCUCAAUGCGCUAGAUAACCUGGGGCUGGCUCAGAGCACAGUAGUGGUUUUCACCUCUGACCAUGGUUGGUCACUAGGCGAGCAUGGUGAAUGGGCGAAAUACUCAAACUUUGAUGUGGCAACACGUGUUCCUCUUCUCAUCUAUGUCGCUGAGGGUCCUGCAGCCCUUAAAGGAUCUUCCUUUCCCUUUGUUGAUGUUUUUAGCCAAUCACAACGCACCUUCAAGAAUUAUAACUUUGUCGGCAAUAUGGUGGAGCUGGUUGCUGUUUUUCCAACAGUCUCUCAUCUAGCUGGCCUAAAAACACCUGUGCAGUGUCCUGAUGUUUCCUUGCAGAUAGAGCUGUGUACGGAUGGACAAAGCUUUGCCCAUGUCUUCCAUAAUGAAGAGAAAAAAAAGAAUAACGAGGCCUUGUCUUUCAGCCAGUACCCACGUCCUGCUGACACACCACAGGAGGACUCUGACCUCCCUAACCUGAUGGACAUAAAGGUCAUGGGUUACUCUCUGCGCUCUUGGGACUACAGAUUCACUCUGUGGGUAGGCUUUGACCCCAAAACAUAUCAGGCCAACAUGUCAGACAUCCAUGCCGGAGAACUGUACCUGCUAGAAGAUGACCCCGCUCAGGACAACAAUGUCUAUAACGACUCUGACGGCGGUGUGAUGAUGAGGAAGAUGAACAGCCUGCCUCCUACUGUAAGCGUACAGACGAGGAUGGAGCUGCAGCUCCUCUACCUCACAGCAGGGAUGAAGACGAACGAAAGGGGGCGUGGCCAUGACAAAAUUAAUUGCAACAGAUGACUUAAGAGUGUGUACAUGAAAUAAAACCCAGAAAAGGGAGAGUAUCCUAAUACUCUCUAAAACGUUAACAUUGUUUUAGCUUCAAAGAUCAAAUCUUGUCUUUUAUUUUACAAUAUUUGGCAGGCAAACGCUGCUGCAACACAAAGUCAGCUUUUAACAGCCGAAUUUGAUGGAUUGCUAAUAAACAAUAAAUUAUUAUGUUAAUUUUACAAGCUGCUUCCUAAGGUGACUUGUCGUCUGAACACCUAUUGGGAACAAGAAUGAUUGAGGUUUGUAGGUGUUCCACAUUGUUGUAGUUCUAAACAAUGACGUGUCUAAAUAAUUAAGCAGUUCAGCUCAAUUUGUGGGCACUGUCAUGCUCAGGUGAGCAUUGCUUGCGACGUGAACCGAAGAUAGCAGACGACGUGCAGAUAAAAGUAUAUUCAAUGACAAAGCUAAAGCUAUAGUGCAGCUGGGAAGUGUACCGGAAGCAUAGGAAAGCUAUGCAGGAAGAAAGUGAAACAGACCACAAGCACACUAAAAACAUAAAGACUGGCAUAUAUAUCAGCCUGAUUGGCAACCAGCAACAGGUGUGUCUAAUGUGCCGAUCAGAGACUGGUGGUGGAGGCAGGAAAAGACACAGAACACAAGAAGUUUAUAACAAAAACAAAAUAGCCUUGAAGGACCAUGACAUACAAAACUUUCCUGUAAAAGUGAAAAGUGUUUCCCCUCUGCUGCUGUAUCACUGUAAACAUGUUCAAGGUACUACGCAUACUGGCAUUUGUUCUGCAAUAUAUGAAAGUACAACAGACAUGCUGCAUGUCAGACUGUCUAUAAUGAAUUGAUUUGUAAAAAAUAAAAUAUUUUUGUACAGUGC